AUGUCGACAGACACAAUAUUUCGACAUUUGGGCAGACUUAAUGAUUCUCAUACAAGUAUUGGACCGGGCAAGACACGUGAAGAAUAUUUGAAAUUAUUUUCCCGAGCAAGCUAUUCAACACAGAACGAGUGGCCUUAUUCGAGUCCAUUUGCUGGCUUCUAUGAUGUAUCAAACACAAGUACAGGUUUAAUUCUAGUUAAUCAACGACAUAAAUAUUCGCAUUUACGUGGGAAAAUUUUACCUAAAGAAACUAAGUGCCCAUCUGACGACGAUUAUAAAACAUUGUACGAAGCUAUUGUUGAAGCUGAACAAGAACCGAAAGCAAAACACUCACAUAAUACUCUUCUGCCAAGAACACCGGUUGAUCCUUAUCGACAUUUUGAAAGUUCAUUUUCAGUUGACAAUAGCGCAGAGUAUUCGCCUGCUGAAAUAAAUAUGACGCUACGAUCACGUCGACCGCAGACAGCUGGCCCAAUACGAACUCAACGAAAUCGUUCAUUAUCAAUUCCACGUCGUUCUCAUUCAGUAGCAGGGACUACUGAUAGACUUAUUAGUGAAACUAAAACGGAUCCAACAUUUGCUGAGUCACUUUUGCAAUUUUAUCGUUAUGUAUUAGAAAAAUCUCAAAGGCGUAAACUUGGCUUACAACAAUAUCAUAAUAAAGAACCGUCAAAUAGACGUUUAAGACAAAGUGGAAUCUAUCGUAAUCCAUCAUUGACACAUGGUCAAAAAUUAUAUUUACUAGAAAAAUGUCAUAUUUAUGACGUCGAAGAUUCAAGAGCACGUCAUAAGAAUGCUUACGUACAAGUUUUAACUAGACGUUUCAAUUCAGAUUUACACUGCAAGCCUGAAUUUCGUUUAAAUGAUCCAAGAGAUUAUUUUAAAUAUGCAAAGUUUUUAAAAACGACACUUCCAACUGUUCGUCCGUUGAAUACAGGUUAUUUCACUUCCAAAAAACCUCAUCAACCUCGUUUACCCCGUGAUUACAAAAAAGAACCAAUAAACAUUGACUCAAAUAGUUUUCUUGAUAGAAAAGAUUUCAUAACUAGAUCAAAUGGAUUAUUUACGAAUCAGAAAUCAUCUAAAACUAAUAGUUCUAACUCAUCUCGACGUAUUAGUACAUCAUCGCUUUCAACAAACCACACAAAUAAUAUGUCUACUCGUCUUGAUAAGGAACCAAAACAGAUUCCAAAAAUUCCGGUUUUAUCGCGACAAUUACAUGAUUGA